UGGCAUGGGGUCAGCCACUGCCCUUCCGGACGCGAUUUCGAGGAGGUCGGAGCGGAAGGACGUCGUGGCGAUUGCUAGCGCUGGGAUCCCACACUUAGGCUGAACUGCAGGUUUUCGCACAGCCGCGAGUUAACCUCUGCCUUCCCCAGAGGCCUUGUCCUAAUCCACCUCGGCUGACGGCGCGGGAUCCCUGGCACCGCGAGCCUCGGCCUCACCAUGUGUGUAAGGAGCUGUUUCCAGUCCCCCUGUCUCCAGUGGGUGUGGAGGACAGCCUUCCUGAAACACACCCAGCGCAGGCACCAGGGGUCCCACCGAUGGACGCACCUUGGAGGCAGCACCUACAAAGCGGUGAUUUUCGACAUGGGUGGAGUUCUCAUUCCUUCUCCAGGGAGAGUCGCUGCAGGUGAGCUAUUGAUUCUGUUUCACUUUGGGGGACUAGGGUGGCGGCGGGAGAAUGGAGGGACCCCGGAUCUGGGAUUUCUUCACUUCACUUCAAAGACCUCCGUGCCUGUGGACUCAUUUUUCUCUCUUCUGACUAGUGACCAGUGAGCCAUGGAACAGCAGUUCCCAGUGAUGACUGAGGCCAUAACUCAAAUUCGGGCAAGAGGUCUUCAGACUGCAGUCUUGAGCAAUAAUUUUUAUCUUCCCAACCAGAAAAGCUUUUUGCCCCUGGACCGGAAACAGUUUGAUGUGAUCGUGGAGUCCUGCGUGGAAGGGAUCUGUAAGCCAGACCCUAGGAUCUACAAGCUGUGCUUGGAGCGGCUUGGCCUGCAGCCCUCCGAGUCCGUGUUUCUUGAUGACCUUGGACCAAAUCUAAAAGCAGCUGCCAGCCUUGGUAUUCACAUCAUUAAGGUUAAUGACCCAGAGAUUGCAGUAAAGGAAUUAGAAGCUCUCUUGGGUUUUACAUUGAGAGUAGGUGUUCCAAACACUCGGCCUGUGAAAAAGACGAUGGAAAUUCCGAAAGAUUCCUUGGAGAAGUACCUCAAAGACUUACUGGGUAUCCAGACCACAGGCCCAUUGGAACUCCUUCAGUUUGAUCACGGGCAAUCAAAUCCAACUUACUACAUCAGGCAGGCUAAUCGUGAUCUAGUUCUGAGGAAGAAGCCUCCAGGGACACUCCUUCCAUCUGCGCAUGCCAUAGAGAGGGAGUUCAGGAUUAUGAAAGCCCUUGCAAAUGCUGGAGUACCUGUCCCUAACGUUCUUGAUCUCUGUGAAGAUUCAAGUGUCAUUGGCACCCCCUUCUAUGUGAUGGAGUACUGCCCAGGUCUCAUCUACAAAGACCCUUCCCUGCCAGGCUUGGAGCCCAGCCACAGGCGAGCCAUAUACACUGCCAUGAACACAGUCCUGUGCAAAAUUCACAGUGUGGAUCCGAAGGCUGUGGGGCUUGAAGACUAUGGGAAGCAAGGGGACUAUAUUCCACACCAGGUACGAACCUGGGUUAAGCAGUAUCGAGCUUCCGAAACCAGCACCAUCCCAGCCAUGGAGAGGCUGAUCGAAUGGCUGCCCCUCCAUCUUCCCCGUCAGCAGAGGACCACAGUGGUGCACGGGGACUUCAGGCUCGACAACCUGGUGUUUCAUCCAGAAAAGCCAGAGGUGCUUGCUGUCCUUGACUGGGAACUUUCUACCUUGGGCGACCCCCUUGCCGAUGUGGCCUACAGCUGCCUGGCUCAUUACCUGCCGUCCAGUUUUCCCGUGCUGAGAGGUUUUAAUGACUGUGACUUGACACAGCUGGGAAUCCCUGCUGCAGAGGAGUAUUUCAGGAUGUACUGCCUCCAAAUGGGGCUCCCUCCCACUGAGAACUGGAACUUCUAUAUGGCUUUUUCCUUUUUCCGUGUGGCUGCAAUCCUACAGGGAGUCUACAAGCGAUCACUCACAGGUCAAGCAAGCUCCACACAUGCGGAACAAACUGGAAAGCUGACCGAAUUUGUGUCUAACCUGGCGUGGGAUUUCGCAGUCAAAGAAGGGUUCCGGGUUUUCAAAGAGAUGUCCUUCAAAAAUCCGUUAACAAGGUCCUACCACAUGUGGGCCAGGCCCCAGUCCCAGUGGUGCCCCACAGGCACCAGGAGUUAUAGCUCCGUUCCAGAAGCUUCCCCAGCUCAUACCUCAAGGGGAGGUCUGGUUAUCUCUCCAGAGAGCCUCUCUCCACCUGUCAGAGAGCUGUAUCACUGGCUGAAGCACUUCAUGGAGCAACGUGUACCUGCGGAGCCAGAGCUGCAGAGUUACCAGGCCUCAGCAGCCAGGUGGAGCCCCUCCCCACUGAUCGAAGACCUCAAGGAGAAAGCCAACACUGAAGGACUUUGGAACCUUUUCCUACCCUUAGAGGCUGAUCCCAAGAGAAAAUACGGAGCAGGACUGACCAAUGUGGAAUAUGCACAUCUGUGUGAGCUCAUGGGCAUGUCCCUGUAUGUCCCCGAGGUAUGUAACUGCUCUGCGCCUGACACGGGCAACAUGGAGCUGCUGGUGAGGUAUGGCACCGAAGCGCAGAAGGCUCGCUGGCUGAUUCCUCUGCUGGAGGGGAAAGCCCGUUCCUGUUUUGCUAUGACCGAGCCCCAGGUUGCCUCUUCAGAUGCCACCAACAUUGAGGCUUCCAUCAGAGAGAAGGACAGCUUCUAUGUCAUAAACGGUCACAAAUGGUGGAUCACAGGCAUCCUUUAUCCUCGUUGCCAACUCUGGUUUAUGGGAAAAGCAGACCCACAUGCACCAAGACACCGGCAGCAGUCUCUGCUCUUGGUUCUCAUGGAUACCCCAGGGAUAAAAAUCAUCCAGCCUCUGACGGUGUAUGCUGAGGAUGCACCAGGUGGCCGUGGUGAAGUCCGAUUUGAGCACGUGUGUGUGCCCAAAGAGAACAUGGUCCUGGGCCCUGGCCGAGGCUUUGAGAUCGCCCAGGGCAGACUGGGCCCCGGCAGGAUCCAUCACUGCAUGAGGCUGAUCAGGUUCUCAGAGAGGGCCCUGGCACUCAUGAAGGCCCGCGUGAAGUCCCGCAUGGCCUUUGGGAAGCCCCUGGUGGAGCAAGGCACAGUGCUGGCAGACAUCGCGCAGUCGCGCAUGGAGAUUGAGCAGGCACGGCUGCUGGUGCUGAGAGCUGCCCACCUCAUGGACCUGGCAGGAAACAAGGCUGCAGCCUUGGAUAUAGCCAUGAUUAAAAUGGUUGCCCCGUCCAUGGCCUCCCGAGUGAUUGAUCUUGCGAUUCAGGCCUUCGGAGCGGCGGGCCUGAGCAGUGACUACCCACUGGCUCAGUUCUUCACCUGGGCCCGAGCCCUGCGCUUUGCCGACGGCCCUGACGAGGUGCACCGGGCCAUGGUGGCCAAGCUAGAGCCAAAGCACGGCAUUUAG